AUGGCACGGCAGCUCAUCUUUGUGACGGGCAAUGCGAACAAGCUGCGUGAGGUCAGACAGAUCCUCGCCGCAGGGGCAGAUGCAGCCACAAUCGACUUGACAUCUCAAGCUCUGGACUUACCAGAGGUUCAGGGCACGACUCAGGAGGUAGCACGCUACAAAGUACAAGCAGCGGCAAAAGCUUUGAAUGGGCCUUGCAUUACUGAAGAUACUGCACUUUGCUUUGAUGCCCUCGAUGGCUUGCCUGGACCCUACAUCAAGGACUUCCUCGCGAGGAUAGGACAUGAUGGCUUGAACAAGAUGCUCGACGGCUUCUCGAACCGCAGAGCGAAUGCGCUGUGCACCUUUGCUUACUGUGCCGGGCCGACAGCCGAGCCAGUCUUGUUCGAGGGCAGAACGCAGGGACGGAUUGUCCCUGCUCGUGGCCCGAGCAACUUUGGCUGGGAUCCGAUCUUUGAGGUCGAAGGCACUGGCAAGACCUAUGCCGAGAUGGAGGCAGAGCAGAAGAACAAGCUCUCGCAUCGCUACAAGGCGCUCGAAGCUCUCCGGCGGGGACUUUCUCAGCUGUAG